CCCUACCUUCCAUGGAUAGAUAUAUAUAGAGAUCAAAUCUCCGACUCUCUUUUAUAGCUGCGAUCGCCGUUGCUUUCUUCUUCCUCAUCUGCAUCUGCGACGAUCGCGGAUCGAAAUCUCCGCGUUGGAACGCCCCGGCCAUGGAUUUCAUGAAGGUUCUGGAUCAAACGGUCCGCGAGAUAAAGAGAGAGGUGAAUCUGAAGGUGCUCAAGGUGCCGGAGAUCGAACAGAAGGUUCUUGAUGCCACCAAUGAUGAAGCCUGGGGUCCUCAUGGAACUGCCUUAUCAGAGAUUGCUCAGGCAACAAAAAAAUUCACUGAGUGCCAAUUGAUUAUGAAUGUGCUUUGGACAAGAUUGACGGAUACCGGACCAAACUGGCGCCAUGUAUAUAAGGCAUUGACUGUUAUUGAGUACUUGGUGGCAAAUGGUUCAGAACGUGCAGUUGAUGACAUUAUUGAGCAUACUUUCCAAAUUUCAGCAAAUUCAGGAUUUGAAUAUGUUGAGCCUAAUGGGAAGGAUGUUGGGAUCAAUGUAAGGAAGAAGGUUGAGACCAUUUUAGCUCUUUUGAAUGACAGGGAGAAAAUAAAAGCAGUAAGAGACAAAGCAUCUGCCAAUAGAGAUAAGUACAUUGGUCUGUCGUCCACCGGAAUAACAUUAAAAUCAAGUUCAGCCUCAUAUGGCAGUGGCGGCUUCCGGAAUAGUGAUCGUUAUGGAAGUGGUUCAAGGGAAGGUGACUCCUUCAGAGAUAGUUAUAAAGGAGAACAAUAUGGAAAAGAAAGUAAAUGGAGGCAUGAAAAACAAGAUGGCCAAAAGUCACAAAUUGUUGCUGAAGAAAAUGAAGGGAUCAAAUCAAAGAAGCAGGUUUCACAUCAUUCCAGGAAUACAUUGAACAAGUCACGUGAUGUUCCAUCUUCUAAAAGCCCUAAUGCCCAACCAAAUAGUGAGGAGGAUGAUUUUGAUGACUUCGAUCCACGUGGAUCUUCUUUAUCUGGAUCUUCUAAUGCAGGCACUAACCAAGUGGAUUUAUUUGGACAAAGCUUAGUGGGUGAUCUCAUGGAUGCAGCACCAUCUUUUUCACCACAAGCUACAGUAGAUAAUAAUUCUGUUAAUUCUGAAGUUGAUCUCUUUGCUGAUGCAACCUUUCAAUCAGCCUCACAUGCAGACGCAAUAUCAGAUUCUCACACUCAGGGAAACUUUGAUCCUUUUGCUAGUCAGCCUGCCUUUCCUGCUGCAAUUUCUUCAAAUGUUGACCUUUUUGAUGUACCCAACACAGGCUUGCCUUCAGAAACCAAAGCUUCUAAUACUGUCAAUAAUGAAAGUUUUGAUCCCUUUGCUGCAAUUCCAAUUAACAGCUUUGAUGGAUCUGACCCCUUUGGGACAUUUGCUUAUGCCAAACCAGUAACUACAGAACCUGCACAAGAUUAUACAAACACCACCAAGAACAACCUAGAUGAGGACUCUGCAUUUGGUGAUUUCACUUCUCACACUGAACAAACACUUCCAGAACCUUCACAGCAUUCUUCUAAAGGCAGCCUCAACAACCUGAAGGCUCCUUUGACAGUAUCAGCACCUGCUGCUCGGAAAGACAACUUUCAGGUCAAAUCUGGGGUCUGGGCUGACUGCUUAAGUCGUGGACUGAUUGAUCUGAACAUAUCUGCUCCCAAGAAAGUAAACUUAGCAGACAUUGGGAUUGUGGGAGGGCUUGAUGAUGCACCCAUCGAGAAAGAAAAAACCACACCAGCAACAGCAGCAUAUAUGGGAAGAGCAAUGGGAGCCGGAUCAGGUCUUGGUAGAUCUGGACCAACAGGUGGGGGUGGGAGCCCUGCAACCUUUGGCCAACAACAGGUUUGGAAGUUUUAAGUGAUCUAUUUCAUAUUAGUAUGUUUUUUUUUUUUUUCCUCGCCAAUGUUGUCGGUCGGAAAUGCUGCCCAGUGAGAAACAAGUUUGUUCCACAUUGCCUUUCAUUCGUUUGAUAUCCUUGUGUUAUGAGAUGUAAGUCCUUGAGGAAUAUUAUUGAUGAUUAUUCUUCAAAUGCCAAACUCACAAUUUAUUGAC